CCCCAUCUCCCCCCAUUGUCCCCCCUCAGUUCUGUGCCGUCUCUUUGCUGUCAAUCACUUCAUGGAGCCGCUGUUGAAGACCGUCAUCGUGGAGGUCAAGACCCCCGACAACGUCAUCAUCAAACAAGUUCCGGUCUCGUCCCCGAUGAGGAACGGGAUCUUCUCCAUCAACCACAACCUGCCCGAGGUCGUCAGCCUCGGUACAUGGACCAUCAUGGCCAGGUUUGAGGACUCCCAGGACCGAACGUUCAGCUCCCAGUUCCAAGUGAAGGAAUACGUGCUGCCCAGCUUCGAGGUGACUCUGGACCCACAGGAGAAGUUCCUUUAUAUCGAUAGACAGGAGGAUUUUAGGGUGGCCAUCACCGCCAAGUAA